AUGAAUAACUAAAAGGAGACUGAAAAUGAUGAUUCUGAUAAAAGUCAAUAAAGUAAAUCGGUUCAACAGAAAAAUAAGGAAAGAUAAUUACGAAAAUUCUAAAAGUUAUAAUCAUUAAUCAAUAAACCAUUUUAGUAAUUGACAGAGGAAGAACUUAAUAAAAGAAGGAUACUUUCUAAAGUAUCUGAUCUUAUAGGUAAAACUAACAAUCCCCAUUAAUCAUUAUAACCAUUAAAUCAUAAAUUUGUGCUUAACAUAGGUCAUCUUCAAAAUGCCUCAAUCCCAAAAAUAACAUCAAAUCAAACAGACCCAGAAAAAGAUGUAAUCCUUAAUUUAUCUAUCAUAGAAAAGUAACAUGAGCAAAUGAGGAGAUAGGCCUUAAAAAAAUAGAACCUAAAAGAAAACUAUGAUCAAUUAUGGUAACAAGAAGAAGAAGUAUCAGACAAAGAAAUUAAAGAUACCUAUAAUGUUAAUAAAGCAUUGACUAUAGUGCACAGAAAUUAGGUUUAAAAGGAGAAGCAAUUGAAAUCAGAUGAGCGACUUUAUUUUGGUAAGAACUCUUAAUCCAUCUAAGGGAACUCAAAUAUUCAAUCUUUAACCAAUUCUAGAUUGAUUUUGAUGUAGGAUUAGGAUAUUAAUGAAACUGAAUGCAGAGAACAAUAAGCAAGAAGAACUCUUAAGAAAAUGAAGACAAAAUAGGUGAUAAAUAUAGUUCAGUAGGCCACAAAAAAAAUAUUCAAUAAGAAAGAUGAAUAAAUUUAGAAGGAAUUAAUUAUGCAUUAAGUUUAUAAAUAAAUGAAUAAAGAAAAAAAGAAAGAGAGUAUCAAAUCAAUAGAUAGCAUAUUUAGAAAUUCACAAAAUGAAGAAGCCUUUCAGUAAUCCUAAAAUCAAUAAAAAAUGAUUACUAAUAAAAUGUUGAGUGAAAACAAAUUUUUUCAACCUAAAAAAUUAGGAGAAAUUAAACCAAUUCAAAGUAGAGUUUAAUUAAGUCACAUUAUAUAAAAAUAAGAGACUAGAACUGAUGACUCUCCUCCUAGAUUUUAUAGUAGAAAAAUCAGUCUUAUUAAUGAUAAAAUAUCUAAUUUAGUAUCUUAGAUAGAUGAAAUAUAAUAAAAAGAAACUGAUUAAUUGACCUUUAUAAAAUAACUAGAAAAUGAGCAAGAUUUAUAUAAGACAUAUAGAGAGUCACUCUAGCCUGAUUAAAUUUAAGAUACAUUAAAGUCACUUCUAGGUCCAAGUAACAAUAAUUAUAGAAAACCUUUUAGGUUUAAUAAUAAGAAGUUUUUUAAUUAGAUUUUAUGA